AUGCUCAGACUAGUCACCUUAUUACUGGAAUUAAAGAUGCAAAAACAGAUCAACAAGUCUAGAAAUCAAAGUUUUAGGUACAUAGUGGACAGAAUCAGAGAUAAACUCCAAAGUUGGAAGGAAAAGACUCUAUCCUAUGCUGGCAUAGUAACUCUUAUAAAAUCUAUUUCUCAAGCUAUUCCAAAGUCAUUGGUUCUUAUUAUUGCAAUAUCCAUCACCAUUGGAACACUCUACCUUGUUUUUAGGCCAAAGCUUCCUAAAUACUCAGUAGACAGAUUGAGAAUAGCACAGUUCAAUCUGUCUGAUAAUAACAAUCUUUUUGUUACCUUCGAUGUAACAGUAACUGCUAGAAAUCCAAACAAGAAGAUUGGAAUAUAUUAUGUAAGUGGAAGCAAUAUAAGUGCUUUAUAUAAAGAAACAGAAUUAUGUGAAGGGUCUUUGCCGAAUUUCUAUCAGGGUCAUCGGAAUAUAACCGUGCUUAAUCUACCUUUAACAGGUCAAACACAAGAUGCAACUGGUUUAGUAAAUACUUUGCAGCAGCAGCUGCAAGAGAAAGGUAAUUUACCUCAGAAUAUUAAGGUGAAUCAAAAUGUGAGGGUUAAGAUUGGUAAGUUGAAGCUGUUUAAACUUAUUCUCUUUGUAGAAUCAAAACUUCUGAAAAAGGAAGAAGAGAAAACUAUACUGCCCCAAAUUUCUAAGGUGCUUUCAACUAAAGAUGCCUCGGGUAGUGGAGAAUAUGAAACUUCAGGAUCUAGUGGGUAUGGUACUGGUAGUGCUGUUGGGCUUACAGGAAUUAUGGUGGCAAAGUCAACAGAGUUUUCAUAUCAAGAACUAGCUAAGGCUAUAAAUAACUUUAGUUUGGAUAAUAAAAUUGGUCAAGGUGGAUUCGUAGUUGUCUAUUAUGCCGAACUCCGAGGCGAGGUCUUAACACAUGUUCAUCAUUUGAAUCUGGUGAGGUUGAUUGGAUAUUGUGUUGAGGGAUCGCUUUUCCUUGUAUACGAACAUAUUGAUAAUGGAAACUUGGGUCAAUAUUUGCAAGGUUUAGGUAAGAUCAGCAAGAACAUGUUAUUGGAGAUGAAGAAGAACACUUACUUGGAGAUGAAGAAGAACACGUUAUUGAUAAAUGACAGCGAUUUAUGA